UUUCCUUUCUGAUUUUGGAAGUUCAAGAAAUCCCAUCGAAAUGGCUUUGCAAACUUCAUCAAAGCAACUUUUUUCCAACAUUUCAUUCGUGGCAAAGCAAUCCUCUGGAAUUGCUGCCCCUCUCCAGCUGAGAUGCAAAACAUGGUGGACGAAUGUGGAGAUGGGGCCACCAGAUGCCAUUCUUGGAGUGACGGAAGCCUUCAAAAAGGAUAAAAAUCCGAAGAAGAUCAACUUGGGUGUUGGAGCCUACAGAGAUGACCAGGGAAAACCAUUCGUUUUGCCAUCUGUGAAAAUGGCUGAGAAGAAAUUGUAUGAAUCCCACCUCGACCAUGAAUAUGCUGGCAUCACUGGUGUCCCGGAAUUCUGCAAGCAUGCAGCUGAACUGGCUUUUGGUGAAGACAGCCCAGUCCUCAAGAACAAACUGAAUGUCACAACACAGAGUAUUUCUGGAACUGGUGCCCUGCGAAUUGGAGCAGCGUUUUUCUCAAAAUGGUUCGCUCCUGGUAAAACGAUGUACGUACCAACACCCACGUGGGGGAACCACAUCCCAAUUUUCAAGCACUCUGGUCUAGAUGUACAAUAUUACAAGUACUACGACCCAAAGACGAUAGGGUUUGACUUCAAGGGAGCCCUAUCAGAUAUGACCAAAAUGCCAGAAGGUUCUGUGGUAGUGAUGCAUGCUUGUGCCCACAAUCCAACCGGUGUAGACCCUAAGCCUGAGCAAUGGAGAGAGAUAUGCCAGGUCAUCAAAGACAAGAAGCUUUUCCCGUUCUUCGACAUGGCCUACCAGGGAUUCGCCAGUGGUGACACGGUCAAGGACGCAUAUGCGGUCCGAUAUUUCAUAGAGCAAGGACACCAAGUUGCACUUUGCCAAUCCUUUGCAAAGAAUAUGGGACUUUACGGUGAGCGAGCUGGUGCAUUCAACCUUGUGUGUGCAUCUGAGGAGGAGGCAAGCAGAUGCAUGUCUCAGCUGAAGAUUCUCAUCAGAGCCAUGUAUUCCAACCCACCCGUCAAUGGGGCAAGAAUCGCAUCGACUGUUCUUGGAACUCCAGAGAUUAAGGCACAGUGGCUGAAGGAUGUGAAGCAAAUGGCUGACCGCAUCAUCUCCAUGAGAACCCAGUUGAGAGACAACUUGGCCAAGGAGGGUUCCUCCAGGAACUGGCAACACAUUACUGACCAGAUUGGCAUGUUCUGCUUCACUGGCCUCAAUAAAGAACAGGUUGAACGUCUUUGGGAUGAAUUCUCCGUCUACUUGACCAAAGAUGGACGUAUCUCUGUUGCUGGGGUCGCAUCAACCAAUGUGGAAUACCUUGCCCAUGCCAUGCAUCAAGUUACAAAAUAAACUAUCAAGUUUGAAAGGACUCAUACUUGACUUGCAUCUUGAAGUUUCAAGGGUUUUAAUUUGCACCCAUUCUGAUGUUCUUCAUGGAAAUAUAUAUGAUUCAUGAGUAGAGAAGAAUUUCGUGAAUGUUAUCCUUGAUACGUCAAGAUUGCUUUCUGGAAGAAUGAAGGACUUCCUUUAGUUGUAUUUGGCUGCUUUUAUAGUACGAAUUGUGAUAGAUUCUGAUAUGACCACACUGAGGUAACCAUGUGACUUUGGUUGUUUUCACCUGUUUCCAACUUAGAUAACAUGUACAUGUACGUGUAUGCUUAUCAUGCUCAGUGGGUAAUCGAUCAUUCAUUCAUGAGGUUAAACAUGUUAAAGGCACAGUUGUCGUUUUAACGUCGUCCCAAAUGUUGGUUUUAUCUCGGGGACGAGUUCACAGCAUCGCGAUAAGGACACCACGUUGUGUCGCCCUUCAUUUCUUAAGCUUACCACUCUCCAUAUUUACCCAACUUGAGGGUUCCUGUCUUUAUAAGAAAAAAAUGUCCGUGCUUUAUUGGCGUAAUGUUAAUUACAUGUAGAUGUGCAUAAUUUACACAGCAUAUUAACAUAGAUUUCAUGUAGCCUCACAAAAAAUGCCAUUGUUUGUUACGGCUAGAGGUUGGUUUAUUUCAGAUUCAGUGUGUGAAAGUCUUGUACGCUCUGAUAUCAAUCGCAUGUUUUUCCAAUAGCAACAUAAGUUGAAGAAAAAUGGUGCAUACUGGGUUAAAGAUUUUUGACUUGUUGCCAGGCUGUCGUCAUAUUUUGUGUUUUGCUAACAGACAAACCCUUUUACACAAAAACAAUUCUUGUUCCAAAAGAUUGCCUGACUAGAGAAUUCACUGCCAGUUUUUUGUUCUAAUGAAACAAUGCCUCCUAUUUCGUUAAUUAAAAAUGUAAAUGUAAUCCAAGGUUCUUUCCGAAAAAAGAAAAUCUUUACACAGAUUUACACAGAUCAUAUACAAGACGUCAUUCAAACGAGGAUCUUGUGAAUAUAAUGCAAUGGGUUGGACUCUGUCAGCUCACGAAUGGGUCAUUUCUAUCAUGGAUGCUUUUGUCAAAUAUUGGACUGUAUGCUAUUGUUGCAAUGCAGCUGUAUGUAGAUGUAGUAAAAACAUCAUGAUACAUGGACAUGAAAUGUCAGUUUCCCUGAUUCUUUGUGGUAGAUUUAGAAUUAGUUAUCCUCAAAAUGGCCACCAGGUGAUUGAUAUGUUUAUUAGGUCUGUUAGAUCCUUUUUUACCCUGAACAAGACCCCAGACAAAUAUGUGCUAAUGUGGAAAUGUUUUCUUCAAAUGUAUUAUUACUAUAUCUGUAGUAUUGGUAUGGAUCUCAGAAGUAAAAAAUGCAGUUGAAAGUAUAUUAUGUGCUCUGUUUGCGGGAGAUUUUGAUUGGACUGGAAUGUCAAAAAUACAGCUAUUGGUUUUGCCUAGUUUGGCAAAGUUGCAUGUGACCCUAAGGCAGCUGCGAUAGUUAGUGGUCCAAUAGAAUCAAACUCCAUCCAUAAAAGGCUCUGUAGAUGUUCAGUAGAACCUCUCUAUUGAGGACACCGUUGAACUGACAAGGAAUGUCCUUAAUAGAGAGGUAUCCUGAUUACAGAAGUGAAAGUGAAUGGAAAUUACCUAUAUGGGACCAAAAGCAGUGUCCCUAAGAGAAACGGUGUCAUGCUGAUAGAAGCUUCUGCUUAGGGAGGUUCUGCUGUAUUGUACUUCUACUAACUAUUGUUGCAACCUUUUGGGACGAAAUUUGUUAGACCUAUUUUCUGUGAUGUUUCAUCUUGGGUCAGAUUCCAUGAUGUGAUUUGCUUCAAAAUUAGGUCUCCAAUGUCCUAAUUGCGGUGUGCUGUGAAAUUGAGUCGGCAGGUAAUAAAUUAUUGUGCAGUAAA